AUGAAUAUGAUGAAAAUGAGGCUGAGCCAAUUAUGUGUAUUUGCAACACUUUCAGUUCUUGCUAUGUUACUGAUCCCAAGUGUCUUGGCCGAACAAUGCGGUGAGCAAGCCAGUGAUGCACAGUGCCCCUCUGGGUACUGUUGCAGCAACCAUGGUUGGUGUGGGACCACCGGUGAUUAUUGUGAUCCCGACAAGUGUCAAAGCCAGUGUCCUUCACCGUCUCCUCCGCCUCCUCCUCCUCCGCCUCCGCCUCCGCCUCCUCCAUUCACACCUCCUCCUCCUUCUCCUCCUUCUCCUCCUUCGCCUCCACCUCCUCCUCCUUCGCCUCCACCUCCUCCAUUCUCACCUCCGCCACCCAUUCCAUCCUCAGAUAUUACCGAAAUUAUUAGUGGUGAAUUAUUUGACGAGAUGCUUUUGCACCGGAAUAACCCUGCUUGUCCUGCCAGGGGCUUCUACACUUACGAUGCCUUUGUACAAGCAGCAAGGGAUUUCCCUGGUUUUGCCACCACCGGUGACAUUGCUGACCGUAAACGGGAGGUUGCUGCGUUCUUCGCGCAAACAUCCCAUGAAACUACUGGUGGUUGGGCAACUGCACCUGAUGGACCUUAUGCAUGGGGUUACUGCUUCAAGAGGGAAGUAGGCAACCCUGAUGACAUGCCUUCUUACUGUGUUCCAAAUGCUGAGUGGCCGUGCUUUCCUGGCAGGAAAUAUUAUGGACGAGGGCCCAUCCAAAUUUCAUACAAUUACAACUACGGUCCUUGUGGAGUAGCCAUAGGGGUAGACCUCCUCCGUAAUCCUGAUUUGGUGGCUGCUGACACUGUCAUCUCAUUCAAAUCUGCACUUUGGUUUUGGAUGACUCCUCAACCACCUAAGCCUUCGAGCCACGAUGUUAUCCUCGGGAAUUGGGAACCAUCUCCAAUAGACAUAGAAGCCAAUAGGCUCCCGGGUUAUGGGGUCAUCACAAACAUAAUCAACGGAGGAUUAGAAUGUGGUCAUGGCCCUGACCCCAGGGUACAGAGUCGAAUUGGCUUUUACUUGAGGUACUGCCAAAUUCUAGGUGUUGGCCCUGGAGAGAACCUGGACUGCGGCGACCAGAGGUCUUUUGCCUACGGCCUCUUGUUCAACUCUAUGUAGAAUGAGCUAACUACUUCUGUACUUGCAAUUUUAUAAUUACUCCUUUUAAUCCAUGAGGCAGAUGCUUGUAACCGGAGUAAGGGGAUGUGUGAUGUGACGCUAUAUAAAAUAGAGUUAAUACCUUAAAAGGUCAUUCAACUUUAGCAAAUUCAUUAUCAAAGUUACUUA